AUGGUUCUCGACGUUACCGAUUUCAUCACGGAGCGGGGCGGCAAUCCUGAGAAGAUCAGGGAGUCGCAGCGCCGCCGCCAUGCCCCGGUCGAGGUCGUUGACGAGAUCAUCGCCAUGUGGGAUGACCACAGGAGGACACAAUACGCGGCCACGCAGAUGAACGCGCAAAUCAACGACGUCCAGAAAAAGAUUGGAGCCAAGAAGAAGGCAAAGGAGGACGCCAGCGAGUUCCUCCAGGAGAAGAUUGCUCUUGAAAAGGCCAAGAAGGAGCUGAUCGACUCGGCAGCUGAGAAGCAGAAGCUCCUCGACAAGAAGCUCACCACAAUCGGCAACAUCGUCCACGACUCCGUCCCGGUCAGCGACAAUGAGGACAACAAUGAGGUCAUCAGGACGUACUGCCCAGAGGGCUUGACGGUGGAGAAGCGCGAGUGCCUCAGCCACCACGAGGUGCUCACCAGGCUCGACGGAUAUGACCCGGAUCGGGGUAUCAAGGCGGUCGGACACCGAGGCUAUUUCCUCAGGCAGUGGGGCGUUUUCCUGAACCAGGCCAUUAUAAACUUUGGUCUCGAGUUCCUGAGCAGCAAGAACUUUGUGCCGCUGCAGCCGCCAUUCUUCUUGCUCAAAGAUCAAAUGUCCAAGACUGCCCAGCUGGAGCAGUUUGACGAGGAGCUGUACAAGGUUGUUGACGGCGAGGCGGACAAGUACCUCAUCGCCACUUCGGAGCAGCCCAUCUCUGUGUACCACGCAAAUGAGUGGUUGCUGCCGCAAGACCUGCCUCUGAGAUAUGCCGGAUACAGCACAUGCUUCAGGAAGGAGGCUGGUGGCCACGGCAGGGAUGUCUGGGGAACCUUCCGUGUUCACCAGUUUGAGAAGGUUGAGCAAUUCUGCAUUACCGAACCGGAGAAGUCGUGGGAAAUGUUUGACGAGAUGAUCGCCAACUCGGAGGAAUUUUACAAAGCACUCAGCUUGCCAUACCGCAUUGUUGCUAUCGUCUCAGGCGCAUUGAAUAAUGCGGCUGCAAAGAAGUUUGAUCUGGAAGCGUGGUUCCCAUUUCAGGGAGAAUACAAGGAGCUUGUGUCUUGCUCCAACUGCACCGACUACCAGUCAAGAUCACUUGAGAUCCGAUUUGGCACAAAAACGCAGACUUCUACCAAGAAGGAAUACGUCCACUGCCUGAACUCCACCCUUACAGCCACUUCAAGAACCAUGUGCGCUCUUCUCGAGAACUACCAAACAGAAGAUGGUUUCAAAGUACCGGAGCCUUUGCGCAAAUACCUUCCAGGAGCACCCGAGUUCAUCCCCUUCACCAAGGAGCUUCCUAAGGACAUUGCUGCACAGGCCAAGGCUCUCAAGGAGGCCAAAGCAGCCAGCAAGUCCCAGAAAGGUGCUGCAGGCGCUGCUGGCGCUGCGAAGCAAAAGGUGGCGGAUGCCGCCGCCGCCGCCACCGGUGCAGUCUCGCAAGUUGCAGAGAAGCUGGGAGAGACUAAAGUUUGA